AUGGCCUCUAAAGAUGCACAGAACCAAAGAAGUAGAGGCCUGCCUGGUUUUCUUCCUGGAGCUUCAGACAGAGAUCACAGCCUUUAUGUCUCACCUUCCAAUCCAGACAACCAAGUGUGGCAGCCAGGUCACCCUCAACCAGGCAGCCUUCCUCCUGGUCUAGAUUAUUUAAGCCAGUUAGACCUGAUCAUUGUGCACCAGCAGGUGGAGCUUCUUGGAAUGAUACUUGGCACUGAAACUGUGAACAAAUAUGAGAUUAAAAACAGCUUGGGGCAAAGAAUAUACUUUGCCGUGGAGGAAAGUAUCUGCUUCAAUCGUACUUUCUGUUCCACACUUCGAUCUUGCACUCUGAGGAUCACGGACAACUCGGGUCGAGAGGUGAUUACAGUAAACAGGCCCUUGAGGUGUGACAGCUGCUGGUGCCCUUGCUACCUACAAGAGUUAGAAAUCCAAGCUCCUCCUGGUACUAUAGUUGGUUAUGUUGCACAGAAGUGGGACCCAUUUCUGCCUAAAUUCACAAUACAAAAUGCAAACAAAGAAGAUAUUUUGAAAAUUGUUGGUCCUUGUGCAACAUGUGGCUGUUUUGGUGAUGUGGAUUUUGAGGUGAAGACCAUUAAUGAAAAUCUUACAAUUGGGAAGAUUUCAAAGUACUGGUCCGGGUUUGUAAACAAUGUCUUCACCAACGCUGACAACUUUGGGAUUCAUGUUCCUGCUGAUUUAGAUGUGAGGGUCAAAGCAGCCAUGAUUGGUGCCUGUUUUCUCUUUGAAACUGAAAGUAUGGCUAUGUCACUCACCCAAACAGGUGUAAUCCAGUGUUACAGUUGCUAUAAUAAAAGAAUGUACAUCAAGGCACAAGAAGAACUAACAUUCUGGACUUGGGGUGUGUUCUACUCCAGUAUGUAG